AUGGCAAUGGCAAACAAAAAAACACAAUGUUUUUCAUGUAACAAAGAAAAAAUAACAUAUCCUUGUGAAGGAUGUUCAAAAAAAUUUUGUUUAACACAUUUAACAGAACACCAACAAAUAUUAAAUGAAGAAUUAAAUCAUAUUAUUAAUGAUUAUGAUGAAUUUAAACAAAGAAUUAAUCAACAAAAACAAAAUCCACUAAAUCAUUCAUUAAUAAAACAAAUUAAUCAGUGGGAAACAAAUUCAAUUGAAAUAAUUCAACAGAGAGCACAAAAUUGUAGAGAAAUUGUCAUCAAAUAUUCGCGAAGAUUUAUUACUGACAUUGAAAAGAAAUUUAAAGAUUUAUCUGAGCAAAUAAAACAAAUUCAUGACGAAAAUGAAUUUAAUGAAAUUGAUUUGAAUUAUUUAAGAAAUCAAUUAAAAGAAAUUACAGAAGAAUUAAAUAAUUCAUCAAAUAUUUCUAUUCAACAAGAUUCACAAUCGUUUAUUAAUGAAAUUUCAAUUAUUUCAACAAUAAGUAAGUUUUUAAGAAACAAUUUCUAUAAAAAUAACUCUCAUUUCCUAUAA